AUGGCUACCAAUUCGAUUUCCUCAUCCUCCUUUCGAUUAUUCACUACCAGAAUCCCUCUCUCCUUCUUCCGCAGAACCCCAACUCUCCUUCCACCUCUAACAAGAUCGCCUUUCUCUAAAUCCAUCACCUUCCAGAGACUUCCAUCAUCAUCCCCACCAUCGUCAUCAUCAUCACCGUCCCCAUCAUCCACAUCCCUUCAACCCAUCGAAGACCUCCCUCCAAAGCUCCAAGAAAUCGUCCACCUUUUCCAAUCCGUGCCCGAACCCAAGGCCAAGUACGAACAGCUCCUCUUCUAUGGCAAAAACCUCACACCCCUCGAACCCCACUUUAAAACCAACGAAAACAAGGUCCAAGGUUGCGUCUCCCAGGUCUGGGUCCGAGCCUACCUCGACUCCGACCGCAACGUCAUCUACGAAGCCGAUUCCGACUCCGUCCUCACCAAAGGCCUCGCCGCGUUGCUCGUUCAGGGCCUCUCGGGUCGGCCAGUUAGUGAAAUCAUUCGGGUCACUCCUGAUUUUGUCACGCUGUUAGGGUUGCAGCAGAGCCUGACCCCCUCGAGGAACAACGGGUUCUUGAACAUGCUUAAAUUGAUGCAGAGAAAGGCGCUUAUGUUGUACGUGGAAGCUGAAAAGGGUGGUGAGUUUAUUGAAUUGAAGCCACCUGAGUCGAAUUCCGAUGGCAUUGUUGAGAAUUCUUCAAGGGGUGGAGAAAGUUCUGAACUUGGUGACACCGCGGGUGAUGUUGGUUCGGGUUCUGAGGGUGAUGUGGAAUUGGGGGGGAGAGGGAAGAGGAUAAGGGAGAAGUUGAAGAAGGAGCUUGAGCCUGUUGAGUUGGAGGUUGAGGAUGUGUCUUAUCAGCAUGCAGGACAUGCUGGGGUUAGAGGGAGUGAUGGGGAAACGCAUUUCAAUGUUAGAGUUGUGUCUAGGGAGUUUGAAGGGAAGAGUUUGGUUAAGAGGCAUAGGCUUAUUUAUGGCCUUUUGCAAGAGGAGUUGGAUACUGGACUGCACGCCUUGUCAAUUGUGGCGAAGACGCCUGCCGAAGUUGAAGGAUGA